CUAAUUUAUUACCUCGUCGUAAUCGAUUGCGACCACAAACCUUUUGGCUUGUGUGGCCCAGCAUUGUCAUUGCAGACGCUUGGUAUUGGCGAAGGAUGUUGGCGCUCCAGCGGCACGCGAUGCGCUCUGGCGCUCAGGUGGCUCGCUUCUCGGCUGCGGCCGCUGCUACUCAGGAGGCUUCUUCAAACGUGCUGCAGCUCGUGGUGCGUGAAGGUGAGGGAUCACGUGCAUCUCGGCGUCUGCGCAAGCAGGGUCUGCUGCCGGGCGUACUCUACGGUGAGGGCGAGGACGGCAAGGAUGAGCGCGUGUUGGUCUCAUUCCCGACGCGUGCCUUCGAGCGUGAGCACCGCAAGCUCUGGACGUCCAUAGAGAACCAAGUGUUCCACGUCCAGGUGGGCGGCCAGGCGCCCGUCAAGGCCUAUAUGCGUGACGUGCAGCUGGACCCCGUGACCGACGUGCCUUUGGCCGUGAACUUCCUUCGUUACAAGCCUGGGCGUACUGUGUCCAUCCCUAUCACGUACUUGAAUGAGGAAGGCAGCCCUGGUCUUAAGCGCGGAGGCUUCAUCAACCACAUCUACCACUCACUUGACUGCACCAUCUCUACGGACAAAAUCCCGACUACGCUUCAGAUCGACGUCAAUGGCCUGCACGUGGGUGACAAGGUGUACCUCGAGUCUAUCAAGUUCCCGGAAGGAGUGGUGCCUAACAUCCCGGAAGGUUCACUGGUCGCCAAGAUUGCUGGUCGUCGUGGUCUCAUCCCGCGUGUGGAGCCUGUGGUCGAAGAGGUCGUGGAGCAGAAGGAGGAAGAGGACGAAGACGAGGAGUUCGAUGACUGGAACGACAUUUUCUAGGCGUACAAGGCAGGAAAAAGCAGCGCGGACAGGAUACGUCGUGUUUGCUGUCGCUGCUGGCCCCUUCAGUUGCAAUUAAAUAGAGCUCCCGAUUUUUCCAUUCCA